AUGCAUUGUUACGGUCACACGCUGUUUAGUUUAGUGGUCUCGUUUGCAUAUCGUUAUUACGUUUUGGUGCACGAAAAACCCAAGAGAUUCACCAUCAUUUUCAUUGUUAUUACUGUAUAUUUGCCAUCUUUUCUUGCAUUUAUUUUAUUCUGUUUUGGUACCGACAGCGAAGACCAGGUGAAGCUGGUUAUUCAUUCAAAUAUAGGCUACGAUUUGAGCUCGGAAUGUGUGAGGGGUCAUGUGAAUAUUCUCAAAUGGGAAACCCUAAUCCCAGUGCUAUAUAUUGUGUUACCUGUAGUUCCCAUCUACACAGCUAUUCUAAUUCUUAAAAGCAUGACUGUAUCGAAACUGGUCGUUACAAGAGGCAUGUCUCAGUAUACUCGAACGCUUCACACACAACUGCUCAGAGUAGGCACUCAUCGUGCAAGCCUGCCUACCUGUUUGCUUUCUUCUCGCGGUUGUAACGUAUGGGAUAAGUCAGCUCAACAUAUAUCACCAUCCAUCUCUCGAACACUCGAUCUCUUUUAUGUUCGGAGCUCUUCCGAUACUGAGCCCUCUGACGUCGCUGUAUUUCAUUCGACCUUACCGUAUAUGGAUACGAAGGAAAUUGUGGAGGAAUUUCUGCGCUUCAUCGACGAGCAG